AUGGCGAUGAAACGAACAUCAAGUUAUGCUCUAAUUUUACUGUUUAUGUCAUUUAUUUUAACUGAGUCUGCACCUCGACAGUUGAACACGGUAGGAGACGACUUUAUCACGGCACUAGUCUAGAUAGCUAACGUCAACUGUUAGCUAGCCAAUCAACAAGCUAGUCGUAGCUAUGUUUACCUGCUGUACUGAAUGCAGCUAACUAGCUAGUAAGCUAAUAUUGGUAGGUAACUAGCUGGCUAAUGGAUGCUAACGUUACCUUUGUUGCUAUCUGACUCACUGCAGUUAGCUAACUAGCUAAUGUUUGUUUUUAGCCAGGUAGCAUGGUCACAAUACUAGCAAGGUAGAAUGCCCUGAAGUAUGUCACUCAAGGGUCCUGAUAUUUUGGUGAAUAAUGUUAUUUACCUAGCUAGCUAAUGUGUAUGUCAUGAUCAUCAUGUUCCUCUUUCCCAUUCAUGAUUCUCACACAGGAAAGCAUUCUGAUCAAUGUGACAGCAGGUACAUUGGAUGACACACAGGUGCAGGAGUCCAACAACUUGCAGGUAAGCUAUAAUAUUCUGAAGUGGUCUAUUAGUAAGCCUGUCAGAAUGUUAUUGAAUAAUAACAUAAUACAGUGGGGGAAAAAAGUAUUUAGUCAGCCACCAAUUGUGCAAGUUCUCCCACUUAAAAAGAUGAGAGGCCUGUAAUUUUCAUCAUAGGUACACGUCAACUAUGACAGACAAAUAGAGAAUUUUUUUUCCAGAAAAUCACAUUGUAGGAUUUUUAAUGAAUUUAUUUGCAAAUUAUGGUGGAAAAUAAGUAUUUGGUCACCUACAAACAAGCAAGAUUUCUGGCUCUCACAGACCUGUAACUUCUUCUUCAAGAGGCUCCUCUGUCCUCCACUCGUUACCUGUAUUAAUGGCACCUGUUUGAACUUGUUAUCAGUAUAAAAGACACCUGUCCACAACCUCAAACAGUCACACUCCAAACUCCACUAUGGCCAAGACCAAAGAGCUGUCAAAGGACACCAGAAACAAAAUUGUAGACCUGCACCAGGCUGGGAAGACUGAAUCUGCAAUAGGUAAGCAGCUUGGUUUGAAGAAAUCAACUGUGGGAGCAAUUAUUAGGAAAUGGAAGACGUACAAGACCACUGAUAAUCUCCCUCGAUCUGGGGCUCCACGCAAGAUCUGACCCCGUGGGGUCAAAAUGAUCACAAGUGAGCAAAAAUCCCAGAACCAAACGGGGGGACCUAGUGAAUGACCUGCAGAGAGCUGGGACCAAAGUAACAAAGCCUACCAUCAGUAACACACUACGCCGCCAGGGACUCAAAUCCUGCAGUGCCAGACGUGUCCCCCUGCUUAAGACAGUACAUGUCCAGGCCCGUCUGAAGUUUGCUAGAGUGCAUUUGGAUGAUCCAGAAGAGGAUUGGGAGAAUGUCAUAUGGUCAGAUGAAACCAAAAUAUAACUUUUUGGUAAAAACUCAACUCGUCGUGUUUGGAGGACAAAGAAUGCUGAGUUGCAUCCAAAGAACACCAUACCUACUGUGAAGCAUGGGGGUGGAAACAUCAUGCUUUGGGGCUGUUUUUCUGCAAAGGGGCCAGGACGACUGAUCGGUGUAAAGGAAAGAAUGAAUGGGGCCAUGUAUCGUGAGAUUUUGAGUGAAAACCUCCUUCCAUCAGCAAGGGCAUUGAAGAUGAAACGUAGCUGGGUCUUUCAGCAUGAUAAUGAUUCCAAACACACCGCCCGGGCAACGAAGGAGUGGCUUCGUAAGAAGCAAUUCAAGGUCCUGGAGUGGCCUAGCCAGUCUCCAGAUCUCAACCCCAUAGAAAAUCUUUGGAGGGAGUUGAAAGUCCGUGUUGCCCAGCAACAGCCCCAAAACAUCACUGCUCUAGAGGAGAUCUGCAUGGAGGAAUGGGCCAAAAUACCAGCAACAGUGUGUGAAAACCUUGUGAAGACUUAUAGAAAACGUUUGACCUGUGUCAUUGCCAACAAAGGGUAUAUAACAAAGUAUUGAGAAACUUUUGUUAUUGACCAAAUACUCAUUUUCCACCAUAAUAUGCAAAUAAAUUCAUUAAAAAUCCUACAAUGUGAUUUUCUGGAUUUUCUUUCUCAUUUUGUCUGUCAUAGUUGACGUGUACCUAUGAUGAAAAUUACAGGCUUCUCUCAUCUUUUUAAGUGGGAGAACUUGCACAAUUGGUGGCUGACUAAAUACUUUUUUCCCCCACUGUAUAUAACUCAAUACAUGUACAUUUUCAGAUCAACCUAAAUAUUUCAGUGGAUGAAGAGCAAGUGCUCAUCAAUGACAUCCCUGUGGAGUUGUCAGGGGUGACUAGGUUGAACUGCCAAGCCUUGCUGUGUGAGUAGUGAAAAUGUUUCUGCUGCUUAUAACUUAUUUACAGAACUGCAUUAUGCACCUGAUUAACACAGCUUUCUACUCUGUUUUCAGUGGAUACCAUCAAUGGUACCAGUGAAUUUGAAUCUGGUGACUAUGUGUCCACUGUCACCCGGGUGAUGGUGAGCCAGAAUCGCCUGUGGAGUGAUUUAGAAGAGGUGGUGGCUCUUCAGGUGUUCAGCGAGGUCAUUGAGAUGGAGGGGAAAAAAGUAAGAUUGCUUGAUGGAGAAAAGGAAAAUAAAAGAAUGGUGUUAGGAUAUUUCUGUAACAGCUAAAGGAGCAUAUUUUCACCAUGGUGGGUGGUACAAUGAUGGAAAAUCUGUGAUCUUAUGGCUUUGUAUCCUUUUCUAUCAUUUAGGUCCAGCAGCCAGAAAUGUGCGAAGUGAAGAUACUGAUGAGCACCAAUUUCCAGAAGCUUGCUCAGUAUACCAACACCUACCCCAUUGGACACAGUGAGAUUUUCAGGAUCCCAAGGGAAAAUGAUGUGGUCAUCACAGAUCCAACAAAUCCUAAAAAUGGUCUGCAAGAAUAACUGUUUUCAUUCUCUUCUUGUACUUUUACAUGAAAGGACAGGUUAACUAAAUUCCAUUACUAAAAUAAUGUUCCUUAAUUAGUUUGUAAAUGAUAAUGAUCCACUUCCUUCUCUCUCAGCUGAAGACCAAGUGAUGUCCCAGACCACCAAUCAUUACCCUCUGAAGCAUGCUGAUACCACCCAGGAGGAGAUUGCUGCCCCAGGCAAGCUCCCAGAGACUCCCCUCCGCAUGGACCCAGACCUGCUGUAUGAUAACAAUAAUAAAGAUGAUGACUUGGGAGGGCUGUCGAAUGAAAUGCAGACAGAGGCACCGCUCAAAGAAUCAAUUUCCUCUUACAGUGUAAGUAAAUUGGACAUCAGAUCCAAAUAGAAUCCACACAAUUAAUGUUUCCGAAUGUGUUCGGAAUGUGCUUUGAAGUUUGAAUCUGUUUGCAGGCAAUGUGUCGAUGGGUAGAGGAGGUGAGGGACCGCCUGCGACGCUUCUGGUCUGAGUCGUUGCCCCUGUUCUUCUUGGUCAUGUGGGUGGUGGUGAUUGGUGUGGUUGGGUCAGCGGUCAUUGUCAAGAUCCUGGACAUGCUCUUCCCAACAUGUGAACACAAGUAUGUUUUCACACAGGUCCUGUUGAGCCUGCUUACAUGAUUGUUGUAGAAUUAAAUGAAACAUAGCCAGGUCAGUGUGCAGGAUUUGUCAUUGACCACACAUUACUGCCAAGACCAUUUAAUGAUGCACAUCAGUUCUCUCAUCUUUUCUUAAAGCGGCAAUCAGCAGUAGAAACAAUAACAAAGUGUCUUCCCCGCACCUGUUUUGGUAAAAUGCUGAGGGAUGGGGCUGGAGAAAUGUAACCAAUCUCAAAUUCAGACAGAGGUAUGGAUGCAAGGACUGAACAUCUAUGCUAUCAAAAUUAUAGUUUGAACCAUGUUUACUUUGUUUACAAACAUUGGAGCUCAUGAGGCAUUCAUAAGUUAUAUUUUUCAAGAAUCAAUGGGUACAUAUUAUUAAUGAUUAAUGUUCAGAAAUUGAAGUAGCAACUGCUGAUUGCCCCUUUAAGUGUGGUUCUUAUUAGGAAAAUUCAUAUUGUACUUUUUCCUCUAGGGGAAUUUUCCAUUUAAAUCCAGCGACUCUGAUGCCGGAAGAUGAGAAACACACCCUGCUAGAGAACAUUGAAAUAGAGGCAGAUAAAAAGCCUUAAAUGAAGACUGAAGACUGAAAACUGAUGAAGUGGAGUGAGUCUGAUUGCAGCCGUUGACAACACAAGGCAUUAUGUGGUUAGAGAAACAAUAUUUUUGUAGCACUUAUUACACAUGCAUUGCAUACACAUUUUUUACUUUAUUUUUCAAACAUACCCUCUACUCAAAACAUGAAUGUGCAAUGUUAAUACUGCAAGCAGAUCAUACUUAUGGACCUAGCUACCUACUGCAUUUUACAUUUUAGUCAUUUAGCAGACGCUCUUAUCCAGAGCGACUUAGUUAGUGAGUGCAUACAUUUUUUCAUACUGGCCCCCCGUGGGAAACGAACCCACAACCCUGGCGUUGCAAGCUCCAUGCUCUACCAACUGAGCUACACGGGGCCUGCACACUGUUACUUUUCAUAUUAUGAUUGUUACCUCAGUGCCUGUUACAAUUUUACUUUGUGUUAUGAAGUUUGGAUAUACCGAGGUGGCAGGUAGCCUAGUGGUUAAGAGCAUUGGGCCAGUAACCGAAAGGUCGCUGGUUUGAAUCACCGAGCUGACUGUUCAAUUAAUCUGUCGACAUGCCCUUGAGCAAGGCACUUAACCCUAAUUGCUCCAGUAAGUCUCUCUGGAUAAGAGUGUCUGCUAAAUGACUAAAAUGUGAAUAUACCAUACAUUAAUACUGAUUUCUUAUUGGUUUAUUUUUUAGUGCUCAUUUCAUAAUAUUUUAUCAUUCUGACUGGAGGUUUCAAUUGAGGAUUUGGUGUUUGUCUGCAUGCAACUUUAAAUCAUAAGACAAACAGCUUUUAUUUACUGUUUUAGAGCCAGUGCAUAUUAUUAUGUCAAGGCCUCACCUAUGCAUUCGUUGUAAAAUUAUAAAAACUAAAAAUGUAAUGUUGCUAUUGGAUUUUGACUGAACUCGACUCUGGGCUGCGUUUUAAGUUCAUGAAAUGGGAUAGGAGGGCCUAGUCUUGCACCCAUCAUGAGUGCAGUGCAGAAUAAAGAAUGAUCAAAUAUGAAAUCUCGUUCUAACCAUUUCAAUUGAUAGAGAAGGCACUGGUAGUUCCUAUAGCGGAGCGCUCUCUGGGGCAUAUUUACUUGUCUCUCUAUCACAGAAGAUACAGAUAGACCUAGAAAGUAUAGAAUGGACAUGAACUGAAGUAGAGAAUCAUGUCCUGUCUUUACAUUCAAUUUAUGUUCACAUGGGAAACAUUGCACUCACUGAAUAAGCCCCUGCUGCUUUAAUAAAUGCAUGUUUGUAUGCGUUUGAACUUAACUGAAAUGUAUGAAUAUAGUUAAUGGAUGUUCUUUGCAAUGUGAAUUAAUGAAAAUGGCUACACUUAUAGGACCAACUUUUUUAUAAAGCGCAUUUUAUUGUCUCGGAAUAUAGUUAUUGUCAAACCUACUCUUCUCCCAGUAGCGUAUUGGCUGGUUUGCCUCAAAGCAGGCUAGGCAUGACCAAAAUAGAAUUGUAUCAAUGUGAUUCUCAAGACUAGGCUCCUGGUUGACGUACGCAUGGCAUUGAAUGGGGCCUUGGCACAUUGACUUUCUGCCUCAGCAGAACUUGCAGGAGAAGCCCUAGUAGUGAAUGCAGUUGGCUGUCACAGAAACAGCUUCAUAGUUUGAAACUGCAUGCUGAUUUGAACUUCAGUGAGUGGGUGAAGAACUUAAGUUAUUUUACCUUCCUUUUUGUUGCUUCUAUGGUGCCUCAAUUCCAGUUCAGUCUUGUGUGUUGUACUGGAGCAUGACUUGUGUGCAUAAUGUAUUUUCAUUCAAAUCAAACAGUACAUUGAAUUCCCAAAUCUUGCUCAAUAAAUGUGUUUCUGUAAUGUUCUUGACAUUCACGCUACACAAUACAGCCAGGUUCCAUGUAAAGAAAGCACAUGGAAGCCUUGUCAAUGCAAGUCAUAUUUUACUUUUAUAGCUUUAUUAAGACAUUGUUAGUGUUCUGAUUGGUAUAUAAAUUCACAUCCACAGAAUGUGGGUAGAACCAGUUGGUCCCUAAAUACACAUUUAGAAAAUAAAUCAAGUGCAUAAAACAAAUGUUUUCAGGUAGUGUAACUUCAAUUAACUGAUACCAAUAGCACAUCAUCAGAUAAAACCCAAAGACAGUGGAUACUUUGGUAGCAAAGGUGUUCAAGGCAAAUAGAAAGGACCAUAGGAUUUGCUGUCAUGAGACCUGGUAGUGCAAACGAAUGAACUAUCUAAAACAGCCAAUCUACUAGUGUAAAUAGAGCUAUAAUAACACACGAAUCAGAGAAUAAUUUGGUUUCAUCACUCCUGGGUCAUUAUAGAACAGAUUACUUAGGUGCAUAUGGUUACCCUACUUUAAAGGCAUGUCGCAUCACCGAGCCUAAAAUAUAAAUAAUUUACAAAGAAAGGGAAGCCAUGACAGUGGUAAAUUAUUGUUCCCAGAAUAUCAACUGAGCCUCCCACAAAUUCCCCUGCAGAUUUGAGGCGCUGCAUGCUUCCUGAUUAACUCUCAGCAGGAGCCAAACUCUUCGAUCCACUUCUCAUACUUCUCUAGAUCGGAAGCUGAUACAGACUUGGACACUUUCUUCAGAGAAGACUCAAAAUCCUCCAUGGUGGUGGGCAUGUGCAUCUCUGCUCUGGAGAUGUUACGGAUCUCCUCUGGCGUCAGCCCCUCGAUCCUUCGCCGCAUGGCCAUUAGAGAGGCGUCCCUACAGACGUAA